AUGAAGCAACGCCGAGGAACCCCCAAAACCCGACAUUCUGAUACCCGCGGGACGCAGGAGACAGGACGUCGCCGAAGUUCAAACCGUCCGUGGCCGUGGGGGUUGCCUCGGACCAUUCCCAUGCUCCUGGGAGACACCAAAGCGAGUCUGUGCGGGGAGACAGAGAGAACCUGGGAGAAGCCUCAACGGAGGAACACCGUGUGUGUGCCAUAUUUUUAG